AUGUCCAGCCAACCGAAGAUGGCCUCGGAAAUCGGGGCCGCUGAGCAGUACGAGAUGGAUCAGCUGGCCGAGGCUGAGAUAUCGCGCCUGCAGAAGCUACUCCGCACGUUGCUGAACGAGCGGGCCACGUUUAUGGAUGGCAAGUCGAAGGCGCUUCGAAAGUUCGAACAAAACAUUCGCGUGUUGGAGAAGGAGAAGCAGCAGCUGCAACUGCAACUCAACUGCGAAGAGAACGGGACACAUUCGAAGCGUGAACAGGAACUGGAAUCGGUUCUCGAGCUUGCUUACGAUCGGCAGGAUAAGGCGCAGCAAGCAUUGAAAGCGAAAAAGGACAGUCUCUGGGAGUUGGAGGGUCACAUCAAGAAGAUCCACCGAGAGAUCGCCGAAAUCCGGAACAACGAAGUGACGGACAAUCUGUACAACGAAACCAUUGCCAAGGCGCAACAAUCGGUGAAGAAGCUGGAGAAUCGGCUUGAUGUGGUCAACAAACGGGCUGGUGCGGUGAUGGCCGAGAAUGCCCAGCUGCGGCAGACCAUCGAUCACAUGCUGACUGAGAGGGCGACGUUCAACAUCAUGUGGGAGAAGCUGGUGAACAAGCUGAACGAGGGUAAGCGCUACAUGAUCGAUCUGAUCGAGCAGGCCACUUCGGCGUACGAUACACGCGAGGAGCUCUGCACCAAGCUGCAGAUCCUUAAGGAUAAGGGCCAGAGCGACAAGCUGGCACACAUCCAGGAGAUGCGCGAGCUGCAGCGUAAACUCGAUCAUGAUGCGAAGCUGCAGGAGUUCCUCGGCAUCAAGGGACAGCGUAGGGCGAACGCAGAGCUAGAGGAGCGAGAAGCACAAAAGCGCAAAAAGAUGCUUGAACAUUUGGAGAAACAGUACCAGGAGUACGAACAGAUCAUGACUCGCAUCAUGAAUUUCUCUGGUGAGGAUGACAUCGAUCGGUUGGUGGCGAAGUUCAUCAAAAAAGAAGAGGAAAACUUUGCGCUCUUCAACUACGUCAACGAGCUAAGCCACGAGGUGGAAACGCUUACCGAGAGUGUGCAGCUACUGCAAGACAACAUCGCCGAACAAAUCGCGAUCAACGAGUCGAAGGAGCACUCUCAGGAUGAUAACAUUGACGCCCUGCGAUUAGCUCAGGAGGAAUGCCGAGAGGCGGCAGAGACUGCCCAGGAAGUCAAGCUAAAGUUAGACGUGAAGCUAGACGAGCUGCUGCGAAUGGCGGAAAGGAUAUACAAACUUUUGAUGUGCGACGAGGCGCCAAUAUUGAAUCUGCUAAACAACGAACGCAGGGUUACGCUCAACAAUGCCAAACUGUUCCUCGGAAUCAUCGAACGUCGGGUUUUGGGCAUCAUCAGCAACGUUACGUACAUAGAGCCGACAACUAAAAUCCUUGGCAAGAAGGAUCGCGUUCCAAAUUUUAACGUGAAAGAAUCGGCAAAGGUGCGCAUAGAACGGAACUAA